AUGUUGAAAACGAUUUUACUUCUUUCACUUUUCCUCUAUGUUCAAUCGUCUUCUAUUGUUGAUGUUGUCUUUACGGUGAAGAAUCUUUCCACCAACGAUCGUUUGAAACUGAACUUCGUCACUAUGAUCACUUCACUGUUUCAACACACAUCAACCGAGAAUCUUCAUCUACAUGUGAUCGGUGAUUUUGACAGUCAUCAUUUCGUCGAACAAACUCUUCAUACUCUUCAAUACACUCGCCAAAUUGACAAACUGAAUAUUGACAGUUUGACUACAAAAUAUCAACAAGUUAUUCAACCACUGAUUCGUCAUUUUUCAUCGAGCCAUACUUAUUACAAAGACCCAUUGUUUUUCCUCUCGCCAUUCUUACAUCGAAUUCUUCCGGAGAACAUCUCUCGAGUGAUUAUGUUCGACAUCGACCUUCGAUUUGACGAUGACAUUCAACAUCUGUAUAAACUAUUCGAUCAAUUCAAUCAAAGUCAAAUCGUUGGUAUUGCGCGAGAAAAUCAACCUGUCUAUCGUCAUCUUCUCUGGUCGUACCGUCAAGAAAAUCCACAUACUUUACUCGGUAAUCCUCCACCUAACGGCACAACAGGUUUCAAUAGUGGCGUUCUUUUACUUGAUUUAUCGAAGAUUCGUCAAUCGACUUUAUUUAAUAGUUACUUAGAGAAUGCUUCGCUGAUUCAACACUUAAUUCAUAAAUAUCACUUCAAUCACCCACAUUUAGGCGAUCAAGAUUUUUACACAUUGUUGAGUUUUGAACAUCGUGAUUUGUUUUACAUCCUUCCGUGUCAUUGGAACCGACAACUAUGCACUUGGUGGAAAGGAAAAGGUUACGAUGAUGUUUGGGAUAGUUAUUUCAACUGUAACAAUGAUCAAAAGAUUAGUAUAUACCAUGGCAAUUGUAAUACACCACUACCAGAAAAACUAACUUUAGAAAAACAUGAACUUUAA